AUGGGAAAUUAUAAGUCUAGACCAACCCAAACUUGUACAGAUGAAUGGAAGAAGAAAGUCAGUGAGUCUUAUGCUAUUAUACUAGAAAGAUUAGAAGAUGACCUACAGAUUAAAGAAAAAGAACUUACAGAACUAAGAACUGUAUUUAGCUCUGAUGAUGCAUUCAAUAAAGUCAACUUAAAUUAUCGCACAGAAAAUGGGUUAUCUCUACUUCAUUUAUGCUGCAUUUGUGGAGGCAAUAAGUCACAUAUCCGAACUCUUAUGUUAAAAGGACUCCGCCCAUCACGACUUUCAAGAAAUGGAUUUACAGCUUUGCACUUAGCAGUAUACAAGGACAGUGCAGAAUUGAUUACUUCCCUACUUCACAGUGGCGCUGAUAUACAACAAGUUGGGUAUGGUGGCCUCACUGCCCUGCAUAUUGCUACUAUAGCUGGUCACCUAGAGGCUGCUGAUGUACUGUUACAACAUGGAGCUAAUGUAAAUGUUCAAGAUGCGGUUUUUUUCACCCCAUUACACAUUGCAUCAUACUAUGGACAUGAACAGGUAACCCGCCUUCUUUUGAAAUUUGGCGCUGAUGUAAAUGUGAGUGGUGAAGUUGGAGAUAGGCCUCUCCACCUGGCAUCUGCAAAAGGUUACUUUAAUAUUGCAAAACUACUGAUAGAGGAAGGCAGCAAAGCAGAUGUGAAUGCUCAGGACAAUGAAGACCAUGUUCCACUUCAUUUCUGUUCUCGCUUUGGACAUCAUGAUAUAGUGAAGUUCCUACUCCAGAGUGAUUUGGAAGUUCAGCCACAUGCUGUUAAUAUCUAUGGAGACACUCCUUUGCAUCUGGCAUGCUACAAUGGAAAAUUUGAAGUUGCCAAGGAAAUUAUUCAAAUAUCAGGAAUAGAAAGUCUGACUAAGGAAAAUAUCUUUAGUGAAACUGUUUUCCACAGUGCUUGCACCUAUGGCAAGAACAUUGAUCUGGUUAAAUUUCUUCUUGAUCAGAAUGUUGUGAGCAUCAACCACCAGGGAAGGGAUGGACACACUGGAUUACACUCUGCAUGCUAUCAUGGUCAUAUUCGUCUAGUUCAGUUCUUACUGGAUAAUGGAGCUGAUAUGAAUUUGGUAGCCUGUGAUCCCAGCAGAUCUAGUGGUGAAAAAGAUGAGCAGACAUGCUUGAUGUGGGCAUAUGAGAAAGGACAUGAUGCAAUUGUCACACUCCUGAAGCAUUAUAAGAGACCACAGGAUGAACUGCCCUGUAAUGAAUAUUCUCAACCAGGAGGAGAUGGCUCCUAUGUGUCUGUUCCAUCCCCCUUGGGGAAGAUUAAAAGCAUGACAAAAGAGAAGGCAGAUGUUCUACUCCUAAGAGCUGGAUUGCCUUCACAUUUUCAUCUUCAGCUCUCAGAAAUUGAAUUCCAUGAGAUCAUCGGCUCAGGUUCUUUCGGGAAAGUAUAUAAAGGAAGAUGCAGAAAUAAAAUAGUAGCUAUAAAACGUUAUCGAGCCAACACUUACUGUUCCAAGUCAGAUGUGGAUAUGUUUUGCAGAGAGGUGUCUAUUCUUUGCCGUCUCAAUCAUCCCUGUGUAAUUCAGUUUGUGGGUGCUUGCUUGAAUGAUCCCAGCCAGUUUGCCAUCGUCACUCAGUACAUUUCAGGGGGUUCUCUGUUCUCCCUCCUUCAUGAACAGAAAAGGAUUCUUGAUUUGCAGUCCAAAUUAAUUAUUGCAGUCGAUGUUGCCAAAGGUAUGGAGUAUCUUCACAACCUGACACAGCCAAUUAUACACCGUGACUUGAACAGCCACAACAUUCUUCUCUAUGAAGAUGGUCAUGCGGUAGUAGCAGAUUUUGGAGAAUCAAGAUUCCUACAGUCUCUGGAUGAAGACAAUAUGACCAAACAACCUGGGAAUCUCCGCUGGAUGGCUCCUGAGGUGUUUACACAGUGCACACGAUAUACCAUCAAAGCUGACGUCUUCAGCUAUGCUCUGUGUCUGUGGGAGCUUUUCACUGGUGAAAUUCCAUUUGCUCAUCUCAAGCCAGCGGCUGCUGCAGCAGACAUGGCUUACCACCACAUCAGACCUCCCAUUGGCUAUUCCAUUCCCAAGCCAAUAUCAUCUCUGCUGAUGCGAGGGUGGAAUGCAUGUCCUGAAGGAAGACCGGAAUUUUCUGAAGUUGUUACCAAGUUAGAAGAGUGUCUCUGCAACAUUGAGCUCAUGUCUCCUGCAUCUAGUAAUAGCAGCGGGUCUCUCUCACCUUCUUCUUCUUCUGAUUGUUUGGUGAGCCGUGGAGGACCUGGCCGGAGCCAUGUAGCAGCUUUAAGGAGUCGUUUUGAAUUGGAGUAUGCUCUGAAUGCAAGGUCCUAUGCUGCCUGGUCCCCAAGUACUGAAAAAAGUUCCUCCCAAGACCUGUCAUUGGAGGAGAUGAAGAGUCUUCAGUUCUCAUCCAUUGACAAAUAUGGCUACGUGUCUGAUCCCAUGAGCCCAAUGCAUUUUCAUUCUUGCCGGAAUAGUGGCAGCUUUGAGGACAGCAGCUGA